AAGCCCAGUGGAAGCCAAAGGACCCACCCCAUGGAGGGAUGCUGGCUGAUGGAGACAGCCAAUGGCUCCAACGAUGGCUUGGAUUUCAACCCCAUGAAGGAUUACAUGAUCCUGAGUGGUCCCCAAAAGAUAGCCGUUGCAGUGUUGUGCACCCUUCUGGGCCUGCUAAGCGCCCUGGAGAACCUGGCUGUGCUCUACCUGAUUCUGUCCUCCCACCGGCUCCGCAAGAAGCCCUCAUACCUGUUCAUUGGCAGCUUGGCUGGAGCUGACUUCCUGGCCAGUGUGGUCUUUGCAUGCAGCUUUGUAAAUUUCCAUGUCUUCCAUGGCGUGGAUUCCAAGGCCAUCUUCCUGCUGAAGAUUGGCAGCGUGACCAUGACCUUCACAGCCUCUGUGGGCAGCCUACUGCUGACCGCCAUCGACCGCUACCUCUGUCUGCGCUACCCAUCUGCAUAUAAAGCUCUCCUGACCCGUGGGAGGGCACUGGCGACCCUGGGCGUCGCGUGGGUCGUCUCGGCACUGGUCUCCUACCUGCCUCUCAUGGGAUGGACUUGCUGUCCCAGUCCCUGCUCUGAGCUUUUCCCACUGAUCCCCAAUGACUAUCUGCUGGGCUGGCUCUUGUUCAUCGCCUUCCUCUUUUCUGGCAUCUUCUACACCUACGGGCACGUCCUCUGGAAGGCCCAUCAGCAUGUAGCCAGCUUGGCUGAGCACCGGCACAGGCAGGUGCCGGGAAUGGCCCGGAUGAGGCUGGACGUGAGGUUGGCCAAGACCCUGGGGCUGGUGCUGGCUGUGCUGUUCGUGUGCUGGUUCCCGGUACUGGCCCUCAUGGUCCACAGCCUGACCACCACGCUCAGCGACCAAGUCAAGAAGGUCUUUGCCUUCUGCUCCAUGCUGUGUCUUGUCAACUCCAUGGUCAACCCUGUCAUCUAUGCUCUGCGGAGUUGGGAGAUUCGCUCCUCCGCCCAUCGCUGCCUGGCCCGCUGGAGGAAGUGUCUGAGGGACAUUGGGCCUGAAGGGAAAAAUGAAGCCCCAAGGUCCUCAGUCACCGAGACAGAGGUCGAUGUGAAAAUCACCCCGUGGACAGAUUCCAGGGACCCGUACUGCUGAUUGCUGAUGUGUCUUCUUUCACAGUUUUAAACAACUUGAGUCAGAAAUCAUUUC